AUGGACAGCAGACCCCGCCAGUGGGGCCCGCGUGAGGAGGUCCAGUCCGUCCCCCAGAGACUCUCUCCCCCCUGGCUCAACGGGGCCCCUAGGGUGGCGGCCCCCCAGCCCCUGAACCCCUCCGCCCUCCCCCACGCCCUGGGCCCCUGCUCCGCCCCCCCGGGCCUGCUGCUCCGGGCCUGGGUGGGGGACGGGGCGGGGCUGGACUCCUGCGAGACCACCUUCAUCGAGGGCCUGGCCGACCCCUUCCUCUGCUCCUCCUCCUCCUCCUCCUCCAAGGAGGCGCUGGUGUUCGCCGACGGGCGGUUCCUGGAGGUCGCCGGGGACGACGGUAGGAUCCAGGCGCUGUCCUACGACGUCGCAGACGACGAUGACGAGGAAGACGAGGACGAUGAAGACUUUGAUGAGCUGGAGAGCGACUACACCAGCGAGUCGGAGAGCGAGGACGCCUUCCUGCUGACCCCGCCACGGGAGCACCUGGGCCUCAGCGUCUUCUCCAUGAUCUGCUGCUUCUGGCCGCUGGGCAUCGCCGCCUUCUACCUGGCCCACCAGACCAACAAGGCCGUGUCUAAAGGAGACCUCCACGCAGCCAGCUCCAGCUCCAGGCGGGCCCUCUUCCUGGCCGUGCUGUCAAUCACAAUCGGGACCGGGAUCUACGUGGGCGUGGCCGUGGCCCUCAUCGCUUACCUCUCCAAGAACCACCACCUGUAGGCUCCUCUCCCCGGCACAGGGCUCCUCCCCCCACUGGAUGGCUCCUCCCCCCAGAUCCAGCCGCUGGAUUGGGUCCCAUGGAAGACCUUCAACCAAUCACCUGGUGGUCCUGGACCCUUCUCAACAUCCAGCUCACACACAUACAUAGACACACACACACACACACACACACACACACACACACACACACACACAGAAACACACACAGUAACACACAGUUGCACACAGUAACACACACACAAACACUUAGCAAUAGACACAUGCAUUCAAGUGCACAUGUGCACGCAGAGAUCUGAGAUUUACGUCUAUUGAUUAUUGGUCCAUUGUGGAAGUAGAAGACAACUGGUCCAAACUGUACUGUUCCAAACUGUACUGGUCCACUGAAGAGGACACUGGUCCAUUCUGUACUGGUCCAAACUGUUCUGGGCCAUACUGUACUGGGCCAUACUGUACUGGGGCCCCCUCUCUGGAAUACUGGGAAUGCUGACAGUCCCAUCAGUACUGGACCUGUUGGGAGUGGACUGGGUGACCUGGACAAACCCUGAACAGAAGACUGUUGGAACGAUGGUUAAGAUGGACUGGUAAUAACCAUGGUAUUAUGGGAUGGCAGCUCUCUCUGAGAGCUGCUCAAUGAUUCAGAGGUCAGCACACAGACAAUACUUUACCCUCAGUGCAUGGUGUGGGAGUGAGUGUGUAAGUGCGUAUGUUUGUUUGUGUGUGUAUGUGGGUCUGUAUGUGUGUGUGUGUGUGUGUGUGUGUGUGUGUGUGUGUGUGUGUGUGUGUCUAUGUUUCUGUGUGUGUGUAUUAACACCUGUGCUCAACAAAUCCUGAAUCGAAUUCGCUAAACUCAACCAAUCACAGAAGGGGAUGGUUAUUGUUGUUCUUUGGUUUUAUUUAUUCAUUUAAGUUUUGCUAAUUUGGUUAAAAUCAGGCCAACGGUUAUAUUAGAAUUAUGGUCUGUCUGGCCAAUCAGGUGACACGCUGUUUGGACCUGACCAAUCAGAGUUCUGAGGACAUUUAUGUUCAGUGGUAGUUUGUCCAUCGCGCCAGAAAUAGUAUAAAUGGCUGACGGCUAAAAGCUACGUUUAGCACCAAGCUAGCCCUUGAUGCUGAUGACCUGAGCCACUGCAAGCAUCUACAAAGACAUGACAGGACGUCAUCAUAUUACACUGACCUAAAUGACACACUUUUUCAGAUUGUGAAACAGUUAGUCAAAGAGUUAUUCCUCAACUGUCAAAGAAUUUUGUGUUUUUUGUCGGAACCGGGAGGUAAGGUUGCGUAUGUCUGGAUCCGAGCGCCUUCCGUAGUGCGUCUGAUCGGACGGGCCGAGCCGUGUCGUCGUCCCACGGAGCCGGGGAGCGCAAGCGAGCUCAGAGUCCGAGUGCUUCAGCGGUUGGGCUAGCAUGGAGGAGGUCCUCACUUACAGAGCUCCUCCUCUGUAAGGGGAGCUCCGCCCUGCCAGGUGUGAGGAGGAGGAGUCAACACGGCUCACUCACCGCUUACCAUCAGGUAAACCCCAGGACUGGUCCCAGGUGGAGAUGUAUAUUUUGAUGAUAUAUUUGGCAGCUGUAUUUACAGAUUGGUCUACAAAGGGCUGUAUUCAACAGAUCAAUAUAUUGAACACCAUCCAUUCCACAACACGCCCAAACUGUUCCGUCAAAUAUCUCCAGGUGUACUUUUGUCGAUUUCAACACAAGCUUAUUUGUAAAAAAGAAAAAAAGAAGAAAAAAACGAAACUCAAUGGACACAUCACGGCAUGCUACUGGAGAACGUCAGUUUACUUGUUCAUCUUUAAAUAACUGUAUGCUUGUUUUCUGUUCAGUGGUACCAUUAAACAUCUC